AUGACUGAGAAAAUAUCUGAAAGAGAGGUAGAGCAGGCUCUGAAAGCGUAUUCUGGAAUGGGAAAUGUCAAAAUCGGAGUGAAGAAUGACAAUAUUGUUCUGAUCAAGGAUGUUUGGUAUGUUCCUGGCAUGAAAAGCAAUUUAAUGAGUCUGAAGUAUGAACUUGAGCUUCAAAAGAUAUUUGAGCUAAUAAAUUGCAAGUCUACAAUCACACAUGUUGAAACAAAUCCCAAGCUGGAUUUUGAUGUUGAGGGUGAUGAUGUAGAUGCUACAACUUUUAAACAGUUGGUGGGAUCAUUGAGAUAUCUCUGUAACACCAGACCUGACAUCUGUUAUGCAUUUGGAAUGACUCUAAUUGGUGCGAAUUCAGAGUUGACAAAAGAAAUACUUCUAGACAUUUCUUCAAGUAUAUGUGAGGAUCAAAAGAUCAAGGUAAGCAAGCCUGUGAACUUGAUGAUUGACAACCAAUCAUCUAUAAGCCUUGUCAAGAAUCCAGUGCUGCAUGGAAGGAGCAAGCGCAUUGACACGAAGUUCCAUUUUCUAUGCAAUCAGGUUUUGAAUCGAGUGCUUGAAGUUAUUCACUAUAGCACUCAUAAGCAACUUGCAGAUGUGCAGAUCAAAGCAAUCAAGACUGAAUACUUUAUCUAUUUGAAGGAUGGAAUUGAUGUUGUUGAUUAUAAUUAG